CUGCACUGGGCUAUGGAAAUGACAAUUGCCUUGUAUUGGCUGUCUAGCACCUUUGGAAGGAUUCUAUUGUCUACUAUCAAGAAAUCUAUCCUUGAAAACGAUCGAUGUACAGGUGAGAAAAAUGAAAAUUGUUUAGAUGUUGGGUUUUUAUUUCUCCAAGGAUCGAAAAGUGCAUAGGUAUCCAUGAAAUUGGCGAUAACAGUGCCCGCUUUAGAAAUUUUACUGUCUGGUCUUGGCUUUGAUCUGUCAAGUUGUGAGUUGAGGACACAGUUAAAGUCACCCCCCAUAACUAAUUGGGAUUCUGUUAAAUCUGGUAGGAUCUCAAAGAAAACAUGGUAAAAAUUUGGGUCAUCCCAGUUUGGUCCAUAUACGUUUGCAAAAGUGAUCAGCUGACCAUACAAACUGCCCUUUGCAAUAACAUAUCUCCCUCUAAUAUCAGCUGUUAUUGAUCUUAAUAUGAACGGAAUUCCUUUUUUAAUUAAAAUAGCAGCACCUCGAGUUCUGUCAUCAUUUUUUGUGUUAAAUAUUUGCCCUAUCCAUUUUUUUUUCCAGCUUAUCCUGUUCGUUUGCUCUAAGAUGUGUUUCCUCCAGAAACGUCACAUCUGGUUUAAGAGAUUUUAAAUGAGUAAAUAUUUUAGUGCGUUUUAUUGGAUUAUUUAUCCCUCUGGCAUUCCAACUUAUAAAACGUAGAGCCAUAUCAUUUUGUAAAAUUGCCAUUUCAGAAAGGUGUAAUUAUGAAACAAUAAAGUGUUCCCAGUAUCAAAACCCAAAAGAAAAAACAAAAGGAGCUUCAACUUCCCAUGCUGAUCUACAAACCCCCCUGAGAUCGCAUCCCUAUAAGCUAGGUAUUCGCAGUAACUCAAAAUAUUACUAGCUAUCAGACAGCCCCCCAGCCGGGCCAGAGAAAUAACACAAUUUUAACUCCAAAACUCUCUCUCUCUAUGAUAAUGUUGUUUGUGUGACAAUCAUCAGUAGAAUGAUAAACAACGUUAUAAUCAAAAUAACCAAAUAAAAUUAUCUGUUUUUUUUAAAUGUCUCAGAAAUCAACUAAAAUAAAACCAAAAGAUCGGCAAACAUGAACAUUAAACCAUAAUAGCUUCUAGUCUUUUGCCAGAGUCCAAAAUAUCACGCUGCAUCUCCUGAAUAUUAAGGCUAAAAAGUCUCCGUUCUCGUCGGUUUUGCAGUGAAACCAACCUUAAUUCCUCUCACGGAUAUAUCCAUUAUGGUUGCAGUAGGUCCUUCUUAAUGUAGUUUAUUGCUGCCGAUGGAUCCGUGAACUGCUUGUCUUGCCCUGUCGGUGAGGUGAUGCGCAGAACAGCUGGUAACAGAACUCCAAACUUGACGCCGGUGCAGCUUCGUAUCAGACGUUUCGCUUCCGAGAAAGCCCGUUUCUUUGCCACACUUGCGGUGAAAUCGGGGAAAAUGCUUAUCCUCGUCUUCUGUAAAAGCAGCGGCUGUAGGCUGGCGGCUCUCCAGAACACCUCCUCCCUCUCUUGGAAGUAAUGAAACUUCACCACGAUUGCCCUGGGAGAGUUUCCAGCUUGUCCCAGGCUGCGGUGGGCGCGAUCCAGCGUCGGGGUGAAAUUAAAGCCCAGUAACUCUUUAAGCAUCGCUCAUCGAUAACAUCUGUAGCUUUCCCAGUGUUUUCGUAUCCUUCCUUCACCCCGACAAUACGUGCGUUACAGCGGCGCUGUCUCCCCUCUAUGUCAUCCACAUUGUCGGUUAGCUUAGCCACCUCCGAUUUUAGCUUGUUAACUUCGCUCUCCAGCUCCACCGUAUGGUCGGAAUAUGUGUUCAAACCGAACUCGACACUAUCUAAGCAGGUUCCUUGCUUCUCAAGAUCUUCUUUAAUUGUAUCUAUUUUGUCGUUCAGAUCCUUCGUGCUUGAAUCAAUGCGUUGUAAUAUCUUCUUUUCAGAGCUAGCAAUCGCCUUCAUGAUCUCGCAUAAGUCUGUAGGCUGCGUCGCUCUGUCAUCAGCAGAAGCCGGGGCUUUUGCGGCCUGUUCCUUUACAAGUCUGGUUUUACUCAUAUCCAGUUACUGAUAGCUUUGAAAAUGAAAAAAAUGUUUGACAAGCGACUCCUCAGCGUGACAUCACAAUGUCAAAAAAGUAUUUAGUAGUUUUGGAGUGAUAAAUUUAUAUUUUAAAACUAGCCUAUCCGGGGAGCUCCGAAAACACGUCUUCACAUGGCUACGCUCACCAGCGCCCCCAUGAAAGAUAUUUAAUACCAGUUAUAUUUGUUUUAUAACUGGACACCAGUAGCACAAUAACUCAAGCUUCAUGUGCUUGUAAUGUUUUUUCUUAUUUUCAUUGAGACAAUAAUAAAAAGAUUUUCCAGUUUUAUUUUUGUUUUUCCUCAUUCAGUUAAUGCUCAAACUUGGCCACAGACAGAAGUAUGGUUUAAAACGGCUGUCAGGUAUAGCUCUCACUGCAAGAGUGAAGUACACUGCACCGGUAGAGAAUCUGAAGAGCUGGCCGGCACCUUUUUAGAGCUCUACAAAACAUAUAAACCCAAACUACUCUUACAAUAUCAUCAAUGUUUUCAAUAAUGUAGCAAUAAAUCGUAAUCAAAUGUUGGUGAUUGCUUUGUGGCCAGGGUGUCAAGGACAUUUAGGCCACGUAUUGAGCAGUAAACUGGACGCAUGUCAAAAGAGAGGCAGUAGAAGUGACUGCCGUGUGAAUGAAUGCUCCUUUCACUUUUUUAAAUUCAGAAGAUAUCCUGUUUUUUUUUAGAUUUAUCUAGUAAGCAAGUUCUAUUUUUGAAUGAAGCCCCAUGUAUCACACAGCCAUGUUUAGGCAAAAAGGAUUUAUUGAAAUCAUCACUCCCACCACCAAAUGUUGUGAACUGAUUACUGUUUAUGGCUGCACCGUAAUUAUUGGUUAAUGCUCUCGCCUCACAGUGAGAAGGCACUAGUUCAAGUUCCAGCCGGGACCUCUCUGUGUGGAGUUUCCAUGCCUUCCUCGUGCAUGUGUUAGUUCUCUUCAGGCACUCUGAUUACAAACUCAAACAUGUUUUUAUGUUCCAGUCUUGCUUGAUGCAUCAUGAAGCAAAAGUACUGGCUGAUUGCGCAAAGCUUCAAACUCUCUAAAGACCUGGAUAACUAAAUGAGAAAGUGAAGAAAGCGGAAAACACCACAUUCCUACCCAGAAAAACUGUCCAGUUUAUUAAUCACAGAACAUCUGGUUUACAUAUCAGCUGCUGGGAAACUCCAGAACUCUUCUCAUAACAAUGAGAAGCAGGAGGAUGUGUGUGCCGUUCUCUGUUUUUAUUUAUGGUGUUUUGGGGUCCAUACUGAGUUUCUGAAAUCUGACUGGUCAGCAUGUGCUUGUAAUCAAGAGUCCCAGAAGAGUCCUUUAGGAUUUUAAACCCUGCUCAGACAGAAAGCUCACAUUCUGAUAUACUGGAAGGCCACAGGCCGAUUUCCCUCCUGCCACAAACCGGUGAGCCAUAAGCUGCACGAGUGCAAGGUCCACACACCGGCCAGAGGACGAGAACGCCUGAGAGGAUCUAAAUCCAGUCUAGGCUCCAGUGAUGUCUCCUUCAAGGAGAUUGGUGCUGCUGCAGCUACUCAGCUGCUUUUCAGCCAGUUUGGCCUGUUUCUGUGAUCGAUAUCCCUGGACCUCCUGGUCAGCCUGCACCCGGACCUGCAACCAUGGUCUCCAGAACAGACGCAGACAGAUCUUCUAUGAAGAUUAUUACUGGCAGAACAGCUGCCAUCAGCUGUGUGACAUCCAAGACGUUAAAGCCUGUAACGAACAGCCAUGCCACAUCAACUGUGUGCUGACGGAUUACAGUCCCUGGUCCCCAUGCUCAUCCUGUGCCAAAAAACAGUUCCGGACCCGAUCUGUUGAGACACCAUCCCAGUUUGGAGGAAUGCAGUGCAGUGAGGAGCUGUCAGAAGAAAGGCCAUGCUAUCCCUUGAAAGAGUGCAAGUUACCAGAUAUUGACUGCAAAGAGAACUUCAAGUGUGAUAAUGGUCGCUGCAUCAACUCAACUCUAACAUGCAACAAGCAGAAUGACUGUGGAGAUAACUCUGACGAGAGGGACUGUGGUGUGUUCAGUACUGUGUGUCCCACAGAGAGGCAGCCGGCUCCCGGUGUUGACCUGGUGGGAAACGGGUUUGAUGUUCUUGCAGAAGAACCAAGAGGGGCGGUUUUGGACAAUAUGUUCAUGGGAGGAAACUGCAUCAUCAAGAGGCCUCAAAGCACAACUUUGUACCAUAGAGUUCCUUACAACUUUGAGAGCUUCGACAUUAAGGUUGGAGUGGUGGAGGACUUCAGUACGGAGCCACAGCCUUUGCACAGCGAGUCUGUCAGCAUAAAGAGGACCAGUUCAUCGUCAUCCUUCAGAGGAGAAAGCGACAUUCUCUUUCUCCUCCUAUUUCUUGGAAGAGGAAGUCGGUCAAAUAUUCAGUCCAACAAAGAAGCUUUUGAAGCAUCAAAGAAAAAAGAUUCCAGCUUUUUCCGAGUCCAUCAGGUCCUUCCAGUGUCCAAAUUUAAGGUUAAACAGCCGCAGGAUGUCAUCCUCUCCCAGACCUUCCUUCAGUUCCUUAAUGACCUUCCCCUUGAGUACAACUACCCUCAAUACAGGGACAUCUUCAUACGCUUUGGGACGCAUUACUACAGCUCUGGAAGUUUGGGAGGACAUUAUGACAUGCUGUACCAGUACAGUCGACAGGAGCUCAAAACUUCAGGUGAAACAGAAGAACACAUCCAAGGCUGCCUGUUCAGGGAGACCACCUGGACUGUCAUCCUCUACAGUGAACACAGUAGUGCGACCCGCUGUCGCAACAACAGAAUGACAGAAAAAUAUUCAGGCUCAUACAUUCAGUCAUCAGAGAAGUCGUUCUCCAUGGUGAAAGGAGGUCGAACCAGAGAGGCAGCAGCCCUGGCCUGGGAGAGACAGGGACCUGCUCCCGACCGGACCUCCUACAAGAACUGGGCCAAGUCUGUACUUCACAACCCUGCUGUGGUUGAUUACAAGCUGCGUCCACUAAUAGUGCUGGUGCGAGGAGUCCCCUGUGCAGCCACAAAGAGGAGGCACCUGAGGAGGGCACUCCUGCAGUACCUACAGGAGUUUGACACGUGCAAGUGCGCCCCCUGUCCCAACAAUGCCAGGCCGGUUUUAUCUGGGACCGAAUGCAAGUGUGUUUGUCAGACUGGGACCUUUGGUACCAACUGUGAAAAACGGGCUCCGGACUUCACAUCAGAGGCAGUGGAUGGAUACUGGAGCUGCUGGGGGUCCUGGAGCAGCUGUGGAGUCACCAUGAAGAGGAAUCGGAUAAGGCACUGUGACAAUCCCUCUCCGAUUAAAGGAGGAGAACCAUGUCAGGGUCCAGAUAAACAGGAGGAGACAUGCCACAUCUCCCUCUUUGAGAAACAAGACUCCUGCGACAAUGAUGACGAUUUCACUGUGGGCUGGAGGGAUGAGCUGCCACCCGGUGUGAGGGGCUGUCUGAGACCACAUAGACCCCCCAACAGCUUCCUCAGGAAAGCCAAACCGUACUACGAUGUCGGGGAGGACGAGGAGUUCAGGUGUUUCACAGGGUUUGAGCUGGAAGGCUUUCAGUUCAUCAACUGUCGUUCUGAUGGAAGCUGGUCUCCACCCAGUGGGAGGUGUUACAGAAACUACUGUGAUCCUCCACAAGUCCCCGACACCAUGACACUGUUCCCGAUUAGUGAAGCCUACAAAGUUGGGGAUUCAGUUGGUUUAAACUGUAAUGAACCCAGCCUAAUGCCGAUACCACAAGGUUUCUACAAAUGCACCAGCAGCCUCACCUGGGAGCCCUCAGUACCUGCUGACCUGCGCUGCACCGACGAGGUUCCGGUGGGUCCUAGUGGUCCAUGUGGUCCGGGACAAAAGCAGAAGGGAUCCGGCUGUGCGUGCGAUGAUCGAGAAAGCUGCCUAUCUGAACCAGAGGCCCUCUGUGUCCUGAAUGUGGAUCUCAGCGUCAAUGUUUCAAUGUCCCUCUGCUCCUUCCAUGCCGGCCGUUGCCACGGUGACCCAAUUUUCUUUGUCAGCGAGGGUGCAUGCGAUCCAGAUGAUUCAUCCAAACUGGAGCUGGCCAAGUUCAGAGCCCAGAUGUCCUCCAAGAGCUCCAUUCACACUCCCUGUGGACUGGACACUUGCUACGAUUGGGAGACUUGCUCAGCUACUAAGCAGUGCUCCUGCAAAAAGCCCCGUGAGUGUGCUGGAUAUGAAGGAGAGAUGUUCUGCGUGAGGAUGUCAGUGAGCCACACCACCCUCUCAGUGAACCUCUGUCAGAUGGGCCUGAUCAAGUGUAACAACAGAGCCUUUGACAUUGUUGGUGAAGGUGUCUGUGCCAGCAGAUGACUCCUCUGAGACUUCUCUGGAGAACGACAAUUUGUGCUCAUAAAGCCGCCUUUGGCUCAUAUAUUCAGUGCUUUCGUCACAUUUUAACUGCAUAAAAACUCACCUUAAAGCCUAAAUAUAAAAUGAUUUAUAGCAGAAGCAUUCUAUGCACACAACAGUUGUAUAUUUGAGGUGAACUACAGCAUGAAGUAGCCUGAGCUGCAAGAGGAGCAUGCAUGCAGCGCUCUGCGCUUGUGUGUUGUGGUGCUGGAAAAACCAAAAGGUUUUACAGCAGCCAAGGUCUGAUGUGGAAACUUCCUACUCAAUAAACUUUUGUAUUAAAAAA